AUGCAUUCGGGGCAGUUCUGCCGGCACGCAUCGGGCAGCCUAGAGGCAGUCAUCAAGGCAGCGAUCGACAAGGGCAUGAUAGCUCAUGUGCCACGGUCACGCACCCAGGACCUGUACCCGGAAGAAUCUGACAUGGCGCCGUCCGACCUAAGCACAGCGUUUGCCGAGUAUGUCUCAGAGGCACAGCGGCUGCGAGCCAACCUGCAGGAGGCCAAGCAACUGCGUGCUAAUUACCAGCUAGACUACCUUGUGGGCUCCCUACACCAUAUUGACGAGAUGCCGUUGGAUUUCAGCCAGGCGUCGUAUGAUGCCAUUGUGCUCAAGUAUGGCGGUGAUCGCGCGGCCAUGUUCCGCCGCUACUUUGAUCUGCAGCUGGAUCUUCUGCGCGAGCUGCAGCCCGAAGUCAUCGGUCACUUUGAUCUCGUCCGCAUAUUCCACCCGUACGGAAACACAAUAGCAGGAUUAGCGGAGGUUGAUCCCCUGGAGGAUGCCUUCUCGGAGGUGCGGCAGCUAGCUGUGCGCAACAUCGAGUACGCCAUCGGGUACGGUGCCAUAUUCGAGAUCAACUCGCGCGCGUGGAAGAAGGGCCUGCGCGACGCCUACCCGCAGCGCGAUCUGCUAGCUGAAAUCCUGAGCCGCGGUGGCCGGGUGACCAUCUCGGACGACAGCCACGGCGCCCAGGACGUGUGCAUGUUUUAUGGGCGGCUGGCAGGGUACCUGCGCGAAAUGGACAUCAACAGGCUGCACUACUUGGCGCGCACGCCCGAGGGUGCUGUCGAGGCGGACAAACAAACAAAACGUCAGGCGUGAGUAAUACAAUAACGGUGGUGAUGUGAUGUUAUGCCCAUGUGUGUUAUGUGUGUAAACGAGAGGAGUGGGAUGUGGGACACAAGGAGGGGGGGGGGCUGGGCCAAGGGGAGGAGGGGCCUCUCCAAACAAAUAAAAUAAACCCUUUUUUGUGUAUAUGAGGAAAUGGAGGCUGGCGAGGGAGGGUGCGUGUGGUCAUCUUAUAAUUUUUUC